UUUACUGCGCCAUCUUGUGUAGGGAUGGCACUCUCGGGCUGGAUUUGUUUGGUCACAGGUGCCUCUAGAGGGAUCGGAAGAGGCAUCGCUCUGCAGUUGUCCGAAGCAGGGGCUACUGUCUAUAUAACAGGGCGACAAGAGAAGACUCUGAGACAGACUGCUUCAGAGGUAAAGGAGAGGGGGGGCGACUGCCUGCCGGUGGUAUGUGACUCCUCCAAAGAAGACGACAUCAAACAGCUGUUUGAGCAGAUCAAGCAUGAACAGAAUGGCCGCCUGGAUAUCCUGGUCAACAACGCCUAUGCAGGCGUGCAGGCUAUCUUUGACAGCAUGGGGAAGAAGUUCUGGGAGACAGAUCCAGACAUUUGGGAUUCUAUCAAUAACACAGGCCUGAGGGGCCAUUACUUCUGCUCAGUCUACGCCUCCAGGAUGAUGGUGGAGCAGGGGCGGGGGCUGAUCGUCAUGAUCUCCUCCAUCGGGGGAUUGAAGUACCUCUUCAACGUGUCCUACGGCGUCGGCAAAGCUGCGUGUGAUCGGCUGGCCGCAGACAUGGCCGUGGAGCUGAAGAGAAGCGGGGUGGCCUCAGUCAGCCUGUGGCCGGGCGCCGUGCCAACAGAGCUGGUGUCCCAAAUGCUAAACACAGAAAAGGGAGAGGCCGUCGACCCUCAGCUCAAAGAGCUGUGGAUGGGUGGAGAGAGCACGGAAGUGAGCGGGAAGUGCAUUGUGGAGCUGGCAAAAGAUAAAAAUCGAAUGUCUAUGACGGGGAAGGUCUUGAUGACCUGCGACCUGGCACGCCGCUACGGGAUACUUGAUGUUGACGGGCGCAGCGUGACCGACUACACCACCCUGAAGUUCUUGGUGUCCCAGGUCCCUUACCUUUCCUGGCUGGCCCCCAUUGUGCCUUCCUUCCUCCGGGUGCCCCGCUUCAUGCUCACCCUCUCUGGGGGGCGCUUCUAACCAGCCCGCCGCAUCCCCCCAGCCUCUGUAGCCAUAUAACCGUUUCCUAUUCCCUCUGUAGGCUAGGCUCCCGGUACUACUUUAUACUGAUUCUUUAAACAUGCUUGACCCUAAGGCAGAAGGAUUGUUAUCUGUGAAGAGACUCCAGUGAUUGGAUGAAGGAACAUUUUUAUUAACUAUUAACCUAAUUGUUUACAUUUUUUAUGUAUAUCUAAUAACAAAUUCUGCACAUGAGAUGAAGUCACUAGAUAAUGAAUGUACUUUAAUCAUAUCUAUUUUGUAAUCCUAUGUUGUUAUUUUAACUAUUAUUAAAUAUUGUUAUAAAAGA